ACUUGGCGCUAUAUUCAGCCACUGUUUUAAGGAAAUCAACGCCACGCUUUGCGGCCAUUACACUGCAGCUUCUCCGCCUGAACAAACACAACAACCGUGCUCUCCGAAAUGACGAAAGCUACUGAGUCUAGCAGUGAUGGUCUAAGAUUCGUACAGCUUACCAGAGCUGAGGUGAAACAGGAUGCCGUUCAUGAUUUUGUGGCGCAUACCGCAGAUGGCAUUCACAUUGCCAUGAUUGGCUCUAAAACGAAAAUCAUCACACUAGAGUUGACUACAAAGGUCAACUGUCAUGGUCCGUCUCCAUACACCUGCGCCGUCUACGAUUUACGCAUGGAAAGACCGUUGGACAAACUGGCAAAGAAAGUAAAUCUCGCCAAAAUCUAUGAUAGCUGCGAUGUGCUGGAGACACAGAGUUUGACUUUGGAGCCGGUCUACAUUGCUAACUGCUCAACAGAGGUGCCGCCGGCUAAAUUGGUCGCAGCCAAUUGGGCACCCAUGCCUCUAAAAAAUGGUCAAAUGUUGCUUGCUGCAUUGAACAGUCAUGGCUCGCUUAUGUUUCUGUCGCAGCCGUCGGGACACACACGGUGGCGACGACUGGAGGGCUUAGAUGUGGCCGAUACACUAAAUGAAACAAUUUUGCCUCCAUUCGAAGUACCCGCCAAAAAUAUAAAGACAUUUAAGCAGUACAAAGCCUACAUGGAUCGUUCCUGGAUAACGUCAUUUGCCUGGUCCAUACAUGAGAAAAGCGACACGCAACAACUGCUGCUCGGCACCGCCUCGGGCGGACUGUUUACGUUACAUUUGAGCUCAGAUGCCCAGGUUGUGCUCCAACAUCAGCAGUUCCAAAGCACAUUGGGCCGCAUUUGUUACAUACGCGCAUUCAAAAAACUAGUAGUGGUGGGCGACAAUAACGGCCUGGUUCAUUUAUACAAUCUAAGUAACAAUGAGGGGGGCCUGUUCCUUUUAAAAGCUCUGUGGCUGCGCCCGGAUCGCGUAGGCAUACAAUAUGUUGAAUUGACAUAUUGCUCUAAAUAUGAUUGUUAUUUUAUAGCUUUCUGCAAAGGUGCACAUCUGCUGGUCUGGUGUAUGCCAAACUCGAAAAAUGAUCCCUGGCUAGAGGCGCAACUCUAUGUGGGUGGCAUUAAGAUUACAGGUCUCAGCGCUCUAAGCAGCAACGUAUUUGCUUUGACAACAGCGCGCCAGGAACUAAAACGUGUAGAACUAACUCUUAGCAUGAGUAAUAAGCAGACUCAGUUGAGUCUCAGCAUGGAACCCAUUGAGAUUGAAGACUGUGAAAAUUAUCAGCUGCUAGGCGUCUUCUGCAGCCGGCACAAGAAUCUCCUGUCUGUUCUCCAUUAUCGGAACGAGGAGUCCGAAGUGACCACAGCACUGGCUCGUCAUGCCACGACUAUAAGAUUAGGAAAACUUCACAAAAGCAGUGCCUUGGAUCAACUUAGCGUUGUACUCGAGCCAAACAAACCUAUGAAUCACUAUGUAGAUAUUUUAGCCGAAAUGCGGUUGGAAGUUCUGAAUCAGAUGAAUAUUGAGAGAUAUGAACAGUUUGCUUCGCUGGAGAAUAUGGAAUUGGAUGAGGAGGCUACUGAAGCACAACAGAUGCAACUUCAACUUAAAUACCAUGUGUUGGACGCAAAGCUGCAUGUGCAGGAGACUAUGGCGCUUCACUCCAACCAGGCGGACCAAACCAAGCGUGAAAUGGGGUUUCUGUUGAAGGUCUUGUCUUUGACGCAUAUCCGUCUGCGAUUGCAAUAUCUAGUCUCGUUGGAAAAAUACACGGAAUUCCAGUACCAAACGGCUAGUUGGAUGAUGGCAGAGAGUAUGCGAAUGUGCGCUAAGCUGGAGCAGCAGGUGCAGGCGGACCAACAACAGGAACUGCAGGAGGAUCAUUAUCUACCACAAGCGAAGAAACAACAGGCACUAAAUGCUAUCAUUCGUCGAUUUCUAGGGCAAAUGUCGUCGCCCCUCAAGAAGCUCUACUUAGGAUUGGGCUAUGAAGCGCCAGCAAUUGGAGCACCUACUGAUGAUAGUGCUGGCGAAAUGAGAGAGAAGACUCUGCGUUGCAGGGUGUCUUUCCUGGAGAUAACACCAACGCUGGAUCAACAUUUCUGCAGCCUGUGUGCCCGCAAAGUCUUGAUUGAUAAGGCCAAAUUAUUGGAGUUAUACGAGCCUGCUGCCACGAUUCUCUGUCCCUUCUGUCGAGGCUCCUUACAAAUGGAACUAUUUGGCAGCUAAUAAUGUUACGCAUACACUAUAUGUACAUAUAUGACCAAAAAUAAACAUGAAAUUUUUUAUUAA